AUGCGAAAAGUGGACGGUAGAAGUUUGGAGGUCAAAGGUCGGUUUAUAAUUGCCCCGAGGGGAAGAAGCGAUAAAUGGGGCUUUGUUCUAUGUUAAUAAGGGAUAAUGAGUAAUUAGCAAGUUUGAUAUCGCCAAAGAACUCUUUUUAUAUUCUCCAUUGCAGGCUCUGGUUAUGUUCCCCCUCCCAACCCAGGCCAACGUCGAGGUCCCUUUGUGAUGCCGUCGCAGAAACGAAACGUCAGCGCCACCAAGAUUGCCAUGGUUCCAUCAUCUACAACGCAACAGGAGAGUCGCUCCACCAGGGUCCAUUCAAAGUUUGGGUCCACUCAAAGCAUCACUGCAAGCACUACUCAGUAAGUUGCUUAAAAGUUGUAAUAACUUUGCUCGUUCCAGAGUUUGCAACUGUCAACAUCCUGCUGAUCUCAACUUCCUGCAGGAUAUUUACGUAGAGAAUUUGAGGAUAAAAAAUGAAAUGUUGGAAUUACAAAACAAGUACUUGUAAGUUAAUAUAAUUAGCAAUGAAUAAUCGCAUUAUUUGGCGUUUAUAUUACUCAUCAUUUUAGACAAAACCUCGGGAAUGAUGGAGAGCCUGGAACUACAGCAGCAUCAGCAACAAUAAGGGGGCAUCGAGAGGAAAGAGACUCGGGAAUCGGAGGGGUCUCUGGGUCAAGUACAACAUAUCAGCAACGAUCUAGAAGGGUUAACUUCACUGAUAAAGCCUUCAAGGAAGAGGAUUUGUAUAAUCAGCUCGAAGAAGCUUACAAAGUAACAUCACUUUGUUAACUUGAAUACUUUCAUAUUGUAAUGGCUGAGUAGAUAACUUUUUAUAUUUUCAGACGGAAGGGAGAUUGCAGGAGAAAGUGAAGGCGUUACAGCAUGAGAACAGGAAGGUAACGGCGCAAAGGGACGAGGCCAUUGAGAGAUUGGCCGGAUUCGAAGGAGGAUCUAGUAAGCGUUGUAUUACUUUUGACAGAAUUGAUCCAUCUUUGAUAACAAUGAAAGCUUGUCAUCAUCGUAAGUUUCAGAAUCGUUUACAAAAGAACGUAAGACCUUGAUGGAAGAUAAUAUCGAGUUACAACGUCGACUGGAUGAUCUGACUCCCUUACUCGCUGAAAAAGACGCUGAAAUCUCGAGAUUGGAGUCAGAAAAGAUGGCCUUAACCAAACGGAUACGACAAAUGACAGCAUCAACUGCAUCAAGACAAACAUCGACAGAGAAGAGAGACUACAAUGGAAGUGGAGAGUUUAGAGAAACAAAGAAAUGGAGAGAAAGAGUAAACGAAUUGGAAAUCGAGUUGAAUGAAGAGCGGAAAAAGAUCAUCGAGAAGUCGGUAAGAGUUGAAAACAAUAUUUAGAAGAUGUUUUUGGGAAUUACGAAUACAGUAAGCAUUUCCAGGAUGAACUGACAGCUCUGCGUCAACGCUUUAAAGAGCUACAAGUCACGUUGAAAAGUGAGAAAUCGAUGAAAGAAAGCGUCAACGAAGAGAACAUCAAGUUGAUCAAGGACAACUCAAAUCUCACUAGUCGAAUUUCGCGCCUAGAACAACUGGUUGAUCAACAAAAACGGGAACUAAACGCUCGGCCUCAUGUAGAUAUAACUUCAGAAGAUUUGAGACAACUUAGAGAUGAUUUUAAGAGAGUUCAAGGAGAAUUGGCAGGUGCUAAGGAAAGGAUAAGAAUCGAGGAAGGGGUGAGAACAAAGUUGGAGAACGAAUUGAAGGAAAGGGAACAGACAGAAGACGAGGAACAGGAGAAGAGGGUCCAGAUUCAGGAGGAACUGGCUGCUUUGAAGGUCAUGUCCAAUGCUUUGUCAGCUGAAAAUCAGGGACUAAGAGAGGAGAAGAUCUCAUUGACGGAGAGAAUCGAAGUGCUCUAUGAAAAGGUAAGUGAGGAUGGGUUUGGAUUAUAAUUUGUGUCCUGAUGUCUAGUAUAACAUUAUUUUAUUUUUUAGAUCGAUCAAAGUUCUCAAGAAAUUGAAUGGCUGGCCAAGAAAUUGGAACAAUUCCGAACGCAAUAUUUUGACACUUUGGCUAGGUUGCAAGCGGAAUUAAAACGGCAAUCAGAAGCGUAAGUGAUCAAUAUUGUCUGGGUCAUAAACUCUUUGGAUACUUUCAGUGGAUCCGAACUGGAAGACAUUGUGCGUCGAGCCCAAGAACUCGUUGUUGCUUUUCCCAAGACAAAAUCGACUAAGAUUACAAUCCAUCAACAGAAAUCAUCGACUCAAGUUAUCCAUCAACCUCCAGCUCCGAUUCCCCGAUCUUCCUCCAGGGUUGUGGGGUCUCCAGAAGGCCCGGAUUCUGGUCGUCCUCCACUCAGUCCAGUCCGUGUGAGUCCGAGUCCAAGACCGACCAAUAUUGACUCGGGGCCGAGGAUUCAACGGACUUCUUCUGUGAUGACAUCAUCUUCCAGAUCCAACAGAUCUCUUGUAACUUUGAGAUCUCAAUCACAAACUCAGGAUAGUGAGUCUACGGCGUCUUUGUUGGCGCAGAAAUAUCGCCGGAAAAUGUCGUAG